CACACCUGUGACAUUCACAGCUGUCUUCACCUGCCAGUGUGAAGGAGGGAGGGAAGAGCAAGGAGGAGGGGAGGGAAGGAGGAAGAGAGAGAGGGAGGGAAGGAGGCUGCAUUUGGCAGCUGCCUCCAGAGCGGCUGACCGUCACUGCAGGAGAGGUUCAUGAUGUCCUCGGCAACUUCCAGCAGCUCUUUGCCCAGCGGCCUGUCCGUCCUGACGACUUUCCCAGAUGUGCUUUUCAUUCCUGAAUUGGUCUUUGGGGGCCUUGUCUGGAUCCUCAUUGCUGCCUCAAAAGUCCCAGACCCCAUGGUGCAGGGCUGGGUGAUGUUUGUCUCUGUGUUCUGCUUUGUCAUGACCGCCACCCUCCUGUUCCUCUACAUGUGUGGGGCGCACGGAGGCAGCAGCUCCUGGGUCACUUUGGAUGUCAUCUGCCAGGUGACAGCAGCACUGUUCUACCUCAGUGCUGCUGUGUUGGAAGCCUACUUCACCUAUGCAAUAAGGGGUUUCUUUGCUGCCCCUGAGAGGAGGUCCAUCUACCAGGAGAACAUUGCUGCUGUGGUAUUUGCAUUCAUAGCUACCCUGUUGUAUGUGAUCCAUAAGAUAUACUCUCUCCGCCGAUGGAAAUCAUCCUAAGUGUCUUUCCUUGCAUGUUGUGUCUUGUGGUCAUCCCAUGAACACAAACGUCCAACGACUGCAGUUUCCAGGCUGGGUUUGGGGUUUGUUUUUUAAUAUAUAUACUAUAAACAAGCAGCUUUCUGUGGGACUGUGGCAAUGAAGACCAAGAGCCUGCCAGAGAAACCUGUAUCCUGGUGCAAUCUAUUUUCUUCAUUCUCUUCCGGGUUGGGUACAGCUUGAUGUUGGUAAUUGGGGCCCAAAUAGAAAACAUCCAGCUCAAAGCAGCUUUCCCUUACUACGCCCUUAUGCCUCCAGGGUUGUUAUUGCUAUCGGGGGAAGCCUGAACGUCCGGCACUAAGCAGCAUGAGUAUGAAACCUGGCCAUUUUCAUUAACAUCCACCUGUGUAAGCCUAUUUCCCUCCCUGACGCAGCUGAGCCAAAAGGAUUUUCUGUGCCGUUUCUGGAAAUGCCACCUCUGACUUGUGAUGAGGAAUGAGUGCGUCUUGUCUCAGGGGCAAUAUGAAUUCUUGCAACCCCCGAAGGGUACUGUCAAAUUACAAGGCACAGCCGUAACCCCAGGAACUACCCCUGUCACAAAUCCCCCUAUGAAACACGACUUAGAAAAUGUGCUGUACAGACUGCAGCAGAAUUAUAUGGAUAAUUAGAAGAAUAUCUCAGAUAAGCAGUGGCAAUCAGCUCUUGUCUUUAGUGCAUGACUGUUCUCACCUACACUGGCACUGUGUUGCUAAUAAAGAUGGGUUUCCUGUGAUUUUGCA